AAUCAUUUGAUGCAUGUGGACACCUUUGUGUUGGGUUUGGACAUGCAAGACGUGUAGUUUGGACAAAAUCCACCUGCCAACUCCAUAUUCCAGUUCAAAUAGAAUCAGAGAUAUUUCCUUUAUAAAUGUGUCAUCAAUCAUAAAGGAAUCUCAUAAGUCACUUAAACUCCAGUAUUAAGACGCACAUAUACAUGUCUGUACACUGACCAGCCAAAACCUGAUUAGCGUUUUCUGACGACCGUCUUAGUCGUGUAGGACAGCCAAUGAGAAGCUCUGGGAUUUUUAAACAGGGCAUCGCAGGUCAGUGACACACUAAAACAGGCUGAUGGAUGAACAGACAUCCAAUCAGGAGAGAAGCAUUGACUGUCCUUCAGUAGCUGAGACUUCGUCAGAGAGACUGAGCUGGAUUCUGUAUUAUAUCAGGAACCCUAAAGGGUGCAAAGUGGUUUUGAUCUCGAGUUUCAUCUUGAUUUUUAAUUUGAAUUGGAUGUAUAUAUAUUAGAAAUCAGGUCUCAUGGCUCCUGGAAUAUUAGGGAUUGUUUUGGCUGCAAGUAAAGAAAUCCCUGUAGAAGCUCACGCAGAAAUGGGGCGAAAGGAGGGCGACUAUGAUUGGAAAAAGAGCACGGAUAACAUCCAGGAUGUGUUUGAAUUCAUGGAGGUGCUCGGAUCGGGAGCAUUCUCAGAGGUCUUCAUGGUGAAGGAGAGAAAAACAGGGAAUCUUUUUGCUAUGAAGUGUAUGAAGAAGAAAAACAAAAGGGACGUCAACCUGGAGAAUGAAAUCGCCGUGUUGAGGAAGAUCCAACAUGACAAUGUGGUUUGCUUGGAGGAUUUCUAUGAAAGUCGGACGCAUUACUACCUGCUCAUGCAGCUCGUUUCAGGUGGUGAACUGUUUGACCGCAUCCUGGACCGGGGCAUGUAUUCAGAGGCUGAUGCUAGUCUGGUCAUCAGACAGGUGCUGGAGGCAGUCAGCUACCUGCACAAAAACGGCAUAGUCCACCGCGACCUCAAGCCAGAGAAUCUGCUCUACUACAGCCCUGAUGAAAACUCUAAGAUCAUGAUCAGUGAUUUUGGCCUCUCUAAGAUGGAAGAUAAUGGCAUCAUGUCCACGGCCUGUGGGACUCCAGGAUAUGUCGCCCCUGAAGUAUUGGCCCAGAAACCCUACAGCAAAGCCGUUGACUGCUGGUCUAUUGGAGUCAUCACCUACAUCCUUCUCUGUGGAUAUCCUCCUUUCUAUGAAGAAACGGAGACUCGUCUCUUUUCUAAAAUCAUGAAGGCGCAGUAUGAGUUCGACUCGCCCUUCUGGGAUGAUAUCUCUGAGUCUGCAAAGGACUUCAUCCGCAACAUGAUGCAGAAGAAUCCUAAGAUGCGUUAUGAUACAGAACAGGCUCUCGGACACCCCUGGAUUCUAGGAAAGACGGCCCGGAGUCAGGACAUCUACCACUCCGUCAGUGAGCAGAUCCAGAAAAACUUUGCCAAGUCCAAGUGGAAGCAAGCCUUCAACGCUACAGUGGCCAUUCACCACAUGAAGAAACUGCAGCUGGCCCACUCUGAGGCCUGUGUCCAUCUGAAACAGACGUCUGUGCCUGCGCCUGUGCCCGAGAUCAAGGUCAUCGCAACCUCCACACCUGAAUCUGUCCGCAAGAAGCUGUUCACUGAGACCCCCGAACCAAACGGCAACAUAGCCAGUAAUCAGAUGAACGUGCCGUCUGGCUCCACCGAGUCAAAGAGUCCGUAUCACCCGGUCCGGGUCAGUCACAGCGAGACCACCCAUGUUGGUACCCUCACCAUUGCAGAGAAGAGCAAACAUGUGUAUCACUCGGAGCCAGCAGACCUAAAUGGGUAUGUAUUUAAGUUUAAAUUAUAGAAAACAUGACCUUUGUUUGAUUAUUUGAGCUAAAACUGUAACACUCUACGUUUGAUAACUAAGCUGUGAAAAUGUGUUAAUUCAGAAACCACCAUUCUUAUAAGGUCACAGUUGUGACUGCAUUAACAUACAACCUUCUACAUUUACAUACCUGCUGGAAAAAAAAUGCUUAAACCAGUCUAAGCUGGUUUGAUGGUCUUAGCUGGUUUAAACUGGUCUUCCAGUCUGGCCAAGAUGGUGUAAAACUAGCAAACAGACCAGACUGGGACACCAACUAAGAACAGUUUUCAGCAACUUGGUGGUGACGUUGUUAUUAAUUUCACAUUCGAGAAGGCUAGCCAAUUAUGAUUGACAUCUUAAAGGUACAGUACCAGAAACAAACUGGUCAGAGAGAAUGUGGAAAAUGAUGUAAGACUAAAUUAUGAUGUUUUUGGUUCAAGAAACUAACAUUAUUAGUGGAUAUUGUGAGUGUUUUAGUUUACCAGGUUUUAAAUAGCACACAGGGUUUAAAUAGCAC